GUGCAUGCAAGUACUUGUACAUUUAAUAUCGGUAUGAUCCAUACUCGUGGCGAUUAUGCAUCGUUUUAAAUUCAACUUUCUUUAUCGUUAACAAAACCGGCGUAAAGGCAGAGGGGGUGCUCUGUGUGACAGACUAUAAUCCUAUGUAUUUACUAUGAUGGUAGUCAACGCAUUGUUUGUUUUGUGUCUCCAGUUAUGAUAGUACCGAACUUUGUAAUGGAAAAACACAGGCCGUGCCUCGCAUUGGUUUAUACGUUGUGUCCUGAGAGAGAAGCACCAGGACACAACGUUACUGGUACCAGGAACUAUCUCAUCUUUGACUCUUAUCCAGGUUAUUUAGAGACUUGUUCGUUAUAGAAUCGGCCCGGUCGUCUUUUCUUCCAUCGGACUCGUUUAUCAUUGCAUGCGAAACCAAGCUCAACAUGGUCGGAUGGGCGGUUAAGCAAAGCUUCCGCUCUUAAUGUCUUAAAAACACUCGUACUAAACUGGAGAACAGCAUUUAGCCGUGCUAGCAAACUGGAUUAGCUGGCUCGUUAGCUUGUAAUCGUGGCUAUGUAGCCAGCACGCUAACAUCGUCUCGGCUGGAUAGCCGCUAACACCAGCAAGGCCGCCAUUGGAGUCAUAUAUGUGUGUGUGUGUCUGGAGCUGCCGCAGUAGAGGAGGGCUUUAGGUUUAUUAUUCACUGAGCCAUCUCAAAGCUGGGCCGUAUUUACUCGCCCUGUCGUCUUUUUGUUCGGUUACCGUUUUUCAAUCACAGUUUGCGGUGGAAUUAGUGUCUUUGUGCGGAUUCCUGUGUCUCACUGACGAAAGCACCAGCGCGGCACCGACCAAAACCAUCUAUAUCUCCCCGAUUCUCUUUGUGUGUGUCAUCGCCCGGCAGCAAAACGGAGGUCGUGGGGCUGGAGUGUGUUCUCAUGGCCGAGUCAGAGACUGAAUGUGACACACCCGGCCUUGACACACUUGGGUCGGAGUGUGUCAUAGCCCACAGCCACGUCGACCUUCACUAUGGAGCAGAGACUGAGAUCAUGACAGAAGAAAAGCGUGGAUUAGAACUGGAGAUUCACGGCUCAGACUUAAAGAUCCAGGGACUGGGGACAGAUCUCGGUGCUGUAGCCUGUGUGGAUGCAAUUGUAGCGGAGUCGGACCAUGAUUACAUAAAGGUUGAACACGGUGAGAUGCACUGUUUCACGGCUGCAGAAAUCAAGACGUCAGGAACCGAGACUCUGCUGGGCGAGGUGCUGCUCAAGGAAAGCGAGCAUGUGGUGAAAGUAGAGUCUGACCAUGGCGGGGAGUUGACAGUGGAGUCUGAGAAUGGUGUAAUCAUACACGAAGCCCAUGGCCUGCAGUGCAACGAGUGUGGGGAGAUUUUUGGCAGCAUAGCCGAUCUUCACCAACACUUCGAGAUCCAUAAGGACCUCAACCCUUACAUCUGUGUCCACUGUGGGGAGAGCUUUGCUGUGGAGGCCAGCCUCAAACAGCACAUGAAGAUUCAUAUGAAAGAAAAGCCCUAUGUUCCCCCUGGAGUUGAGAUUAUGGGCAAAGAUGUAAUUGAUGCCUUCAGCCUCAAGUCUCAUCAGAUGAUUCAUUUGCCAGACAAGCCCCACAGAUGCUCCGAGUGCGGUAAGAGCUUUGCCGCUGCGAUCACCUUGAGGGAACACAUGAAGAUGCAUUCAGAAGACAAGCCUUACAAGUGCACCCAGUGUAGGAAGAGCUUUGUCCGCCGAAGGCAUCUGAAAAAGCACCAGGAGGUUCACGCACGGGAGAAGCCAUAUACAUGCGGCCAGUGUGGCAAAGGCUUCGCCACAACUUCCAACCUGAAGCAGCACCAGAAGACCCACGCCGCGGUCGUGCUCGGAGACAAACCCCAUCGAUGUGCACAGUGUGGAAAGUGUUUUGCGGCUGCUGCCACUCUGAGAGAGCACCAGAGGAUCCACUCGGGCGAGAAGCCGUACAAAUGCAACAUGUGCAGGAAGAGUUUUGUCCGCAAACGCCAUCUGAAGAAGCAUCAGCAAGUCCACGCCGGAGGGAAGCCCUACACCUGCAGACAUUGCAACAAGGGCUUCAAUCACUCCUCUUCUCUCUCACGCCACCACAAGACCCAUCUGCAGAAUCCAGUGUUUUCUCCACCUCAGCCUGGGAAAACCUUGUCCUAUGGCACUCCCCCAAAGCAGAGGGUGCACCAGCAGGGAGACAAGCCCUACAUGUGCCACCACUGUGAUAAGGGCUUCAAUCAUUCCUCUUCCCUGUCCCGGCACCAAAGAGUCCACUCGGAGGGAAAGAGUUACACCUGCGCUCACUGUGGCAAAAGAUUCAAUCACUCCUCCUCCCUUGCUCGGCACCAGAGGGUUCAUUUGGAGAAUAAACAGCAGCAGCAACCAGAGCCACCGCAGCCGCCACCGCAGCAGUACAGCCCUAUGCCCACAGGGAAGGGAUUCCCCAACAACGCCUUCCCAAAACAGCGCACCCUGUCUGUUGAAAAACCAUACAGGUGCUCCCAGUGUGGAAAGGGCUUUAACCAUUCUUCUUCCCUCUCCAGACAUCAUAGGAUCCAUGUAGACCAGUGAGCUCCCUUUCCCGCCCUCACAUGCUGUCCCAUGCAAGCGAAAAAAAGAAAAGCCCCCCCCCCCCCAAUUUUCUGUUCUAACAAUGAUCCCAUCCUUGACGUCACCACGUCGGCAGGAAACAUCAGGCCAACUUCUAUAGACAACAGGGGUCAGCACAUUGUUGAGAAAGAGGACAGUAACACAAGUCUCCAGAGGAGGGCGGGCCGAGUGACCUGUAAUUCAGAGCUGAGUCUGGGACUUGUUGAUCAAUAUGGAGGGUAUGAUGAUAGAUUGUGAAGGAGCUUCUAUUCUUGUUGGUGAUUGUGCUUCACUUGCUCCAGGACCUCCUUUUGAACACUUUUAAUAAAAAAAGAUGAAAAAUAAAAUGUGAUUUGGUGAUCUAAAAAAUAUGCUUCUCCCCCUGGUUAGUCUUUUUGAUAAAAUAAUUGAGUUUAUGUACCUUCAGGUGGACGCGUGCGCUUUUCAGCUGCAACUUUAUCCAAGGCCAACAACACAAUUGAUAAACAAGAACUUGUCUCAACUUAAAUAAUAAUUUCUUUUUCACCCACAUAACCCAUGUGAAACAAACAGAAAUCCAGUGUAAAUAGUUAUUGAUUUUUCUUUUAUAUAUAUGUAUAGGUGACUAGUGUGCUGUUCCAAAAGAUAACAUUUUUGAUAGUAAGAUCCAUUUUGUCUCCACCCUUUUUUUUUUUUUUUUUUUUUUUUUUCUCCUUCCUUUUUAUGACUUUAAUUUGUUUUAAGUGUUGGAGAUAAACAUGUUGCAGGUGUUCUCAUGCAGCUUGUUGUUGAAUUUGGGCUCCGUCAGAUUUGAGCCAUCUUGUAUAUUUAUACGGUUGUUUUCUUGUAUGUCUACGAUGGGUUAGCAACACUGCUGCAUCGACUGUACAGGGAGCAAUACUGGCUAACACCCUGAUUAUAUUACGACAUGCAAUUUAGCCGUUAGGAAAUGCAUAAUAGAAAAUAAAAACCUACUGGGUAGCAUAUUACAACAUGACCUGUGUCCUAAUUAUUUACUGUUUCCUCAUGUACACGAAAUGCAACAUCACACUUUGUUUAUACCGUUGGCGACUAAUUGACUUACUUAUGUAUAGACUAUAGGGGACUCUUACUCAUGUGGGUCUUCAAACUUAUCACAAUUCUGAUCUUAAAAAAAAAAGUUUGUGUAUACUGAAAGACUAUACCCGAAAAUCUCACUUUUACAAGGCUCAAAAGAUUUUUCCCGAAUUCCAAUGAAUUGCGCUCUAUUCUGUUCUGUGUAAAAUAUCUUUUACAAACUGAUGUAUUUUUUUAGACAUGGCUUGGGUUAUAUGAAAGGGAAUGAGAGAUAUACAGUUUUUAUGGGAGUGAACAUUACAGUGAGCAAUAUUUUACUUUCCCCUUUUUGUUAACAAUUGUGCUUCAAACUGUAGCAUAGGUCUCUUGUGUUAGAUAGGUGCCUUAUUGCAUGCUAUGUAGAAAUGUAUGCUGAGCUGUUAUUUGAGACGUUUUCAGGAGUCUUUUGUUCUUAUUCAUACUAACCCUACAUUUUAAUUUGUCACUGAUACCUAUUGCUUUUUUUGCUUUCAUGUAUAUUAUUACAAUGUGUUUACACUGUUGCGACCAUAUUGUCUUUUUUCCCCUUCAUUUUUUGUCAAUGGCCUCAUUGUAGAGAGAAAAAUUGUAAAUGAUCCAUAUAGGCUUCUCUUAAGGGCAACUCCUGUAACACCUCUUCCCAGUUUCUGAGUGGCACAUAUAUGGAUAAAUAAAGGUUGUUGACUCUCU